AUGACGGUCCCCAAGCGUAUCAAGCAGUGGUGGAAGCACGCCACCAUCUACCAAAUCUAUCCCGCCUCUUUUUGCGACUCCAACGGCGAUGGAGUUGGCGAUCUUCAGGGCAUCAUCUCCAAGCUGGACUACAUUGCCAGUCUUGGAGUUGAUGUGAUCUGGAUCUGUCCCAUGUACGAUAGUCCUCAAGUCGACAUGGGAUAUGACAUUUCCAACUAUGAAGAUAUCUACGCCCCUUAUGGUACUCUUCAAGACAUGGAGCAGCUGAUCCGCGAGACUCAUGCCAAAGGUAUGAAGAUCAUGCUGGACCUGGUCAUCAACCAUACUUCUGAUCAGCAUGCUUGGUUCAAAGAGUCCCGCUCAAGCAAGGACAACCCCAAGCGUGACUGGUACAUUUGGCGACCAGCCAAGUAUGAAAAUGGCCAGAGAGUCCCUCCCAACAACUGGCGCUCCAACUUUGGAGGUGGCAGUGCUUGGGAAUGGGAUGAGUUGACUGGAGAGUAUUAUCUUCAUCUCUUUGCCAAGGAGCAGCCUGAUCUCAACUGGGAGAGUCCGGUUACCCGCCAAGCCAUCUAUGCUUCAUCUAUGGAGUUUUGGCUCGAGAGGGGAGUUGAUGGAUUCAGAGUCGACACUGUCAACAUGUACUCGAAGCUUCAAGACUUUCCAGACGCCCCUAUUACCGACCCCAAGGCCAAAUAUCAACCUGCCGGACUGUUGUACUGCAAUGGUCCACGCAUGCACGAGUUUCUCCGAGAGAUGAACGACAUUCUUACUCGAUACGGAGCCAUCACAGUCGGAGAGCUUCCCAACACGCCCGAUCUUGAACGCGUGCUUCGAUACGUCAGCGCCGAUGAGAAACAGCUCAACAUGGUGUUUCAGUUCGAUGUUGUCGAUGUCGGUUUCGGAAAGACUCACAAAUACGAAACGACUCCGAAGAAUUAUACACUUCCCGACUUGAAGGAUGCGGUUGGUCGGACUCAGAGUCUGAUCCGUGGUACUGAUGCUUGGACGACCGUGUUUAUGGAGAAUCACGACCAAGCUAGGUCUGUUUCUCGAUUCACAGACGACCGCCCCGAGUAUCGAGUCGCGGGGGCUAAGCUGCUUGCUGUGUUGCAGGCUUGCCUGAGUGGAACACAGUACAUCUACCAGGGACAGGAGAUUGGAGCUGUCAAUGCACCAAAGGCCAGCUACCCGGCCGAAAACUACCUCGAUCUAGACAGCUACCUCUUUCUGGACAUGGUCAAGGAGCGAGCUGGCGACUUUGACAAGGCAUUCAACGCCCUGCAACACCUUGCCAGAGACCAUGCGCGAAUUCCGAUGUGCUGGUCCAAGGGGACGUUUGGAGGCUUCUCUGAUGGUGCUGAGCGGGCUGGAAAGGCUGUCCAAGAACCCUGGAUGAAGGCUCAUCCCCUGGCAGGCGAGAUUAAUGUUGCCUCACAGUUGGACGACCCGGACAGUGUUCUGGCAUUCUGGAAAAAGGCUCUCCGGUUCAGACAAGAGUUCGCCGAUCUUUUGGUGUAUGGGGAUUACAAGGUUCUUCGACCUGAGGACCCUGAUGUGUUUACUUUCCUCAAAGAGUCUCCUUUGGAUGGUUCAAAGGCGGUGGUUGCGCUCAACUUUAGCACAAAGGAGACACCUUGGACAGCCCCUGACCGCGACCUGGGACUGCCAGAAGGAAAGCAGGUUACACUGGUACCCAUCAUGUCGACGCACACAGGCAAGAGAGGUCAGGAAUUGGCUCCUUUUGAGGGACGGGUGUAUCUAGUUACGUAG